CUUCUACUUCUUGAAGCCUCUGGUUUUCUUCUUACGAAUUCAAAUUUCAGUUGAAGUUUCCAAAAUUUUAUUACGUGUAUGUAUGAUUUCACAUUUUUCAUUUCAAGCUUCAGUUUCAAUUUCAAGUAGGAACCGUUCAAGGUUUGAUUAGAUAGCUGAGGAUUGGGGGAAGGAGCGGAGGAGGAGAAGAUGGAGCGGUGGUUAUCGAGAAUGUUGGUGGAGCAUGGAGCAGCUGCGCCGGGGCAAUCUUUGAUUUCCACUAUAAAGAUUGCUGUUUUGCCUAUUGCUAAAGUUUUUACUAUGUGCUUUUUAGGGUUUCUUAUGGCUUCUAAGUAUGUGAAAAUCUUGCCUGCUUCUGGGAGAAAGCUUUUGAAUGGGUUGGUUUUUACACUGUUGCUUCCGUGCUUCAUCUUUUCACAACUUGGGCAAGCUAUUACCAUUAGGAAAAUGCUUGAGUGGUGGUUUAUUCCUGUGAAUGUUGUCUUGGGUAGCAUAUCAGGAUCGUUAAUUGGUUUAGUUAUUGCUCAUAUCGUGCGUCCGCCAUAUCCCUUCUUCAAGUUUACAAUUAUACAUGUUGGAAUAGGAAACAUCGGUAACAUGCCACUGGUUGUGCUUGCUGCUUUAUGUAGAGACCAGUCCAACCCUUUUGGUGACUCAGAUAAAUGUAAAACAGAUGGGACUGCUUAUAUUUCAUUUGGACAGUGGGUUGGUGCAAUCAUCCUGUAUACAUACGUAUUCCAGAUGUUGGCACCUCCUCCUGAAGGUACCUUUUAUCCCGAGGAAGCAGUUAUCCUUCCCAUCAAGGACACUCUAAAAAAUGCCACAAAAACGUCUGAGCAGGUUCCAUUGCUGAACCAGGAGUUGGUACCAUCAGAUCUGUGUGCUCCAGGGAGAGGAAAGAUUGCAGAUUUUUUUUCUUGGAUCUAUGAAAAGUUGAAGCUGAAGCAAAUCCUUCAACCCCCAAUCAUUGCUUCUAUUCUAGCCAUGGUACUUGGUGCAAUACCGUUCCUUAAGAAGUUGAUAUUUACAAGUGAUGCCCCACUUUUCUUCUUUACAGACAGCCUUCUAAUUCUUGGGGAAGCCACGAUUCCAUGCAUUUUGUUGGCAUUAGGAGGCAACCUUGUAGAUGGACCUGGAAGUUCAAAACUUGGUUUGAGGACAACUGCCGCUAUUGUUUUUGGAAGACUGGUGUUGGUUCCUCCUGCAGGACUUGGCAUUGUAAUGUUGGCUGAUAAGCUUGGCUUCCUUCCUGCCGGAGAUAAGAUGUUCCGAUUUGUCCUUCUCCUUCAGCACUCAAUGCCCACAUCCGUCCUUUCCGCUGCCGUUGCCAAUUUAAGGGGUUGUGGAAAGGAGGCGGCCGGAGUAUUAUUCUGGGUUCAUAUAUUUGCUGUUUUCUCAAUUGCCGGAUGGAUUGUUCUCUUUCUCAACAUACUCUUCUGAAAAAUUGGAUCAAAUUGAUGCUUUGCUAGGUCCAGAUAUUCCUAUUUAUUCCCUGUUCAUGGAUGUUAGUAGCCUAGGUUAAUCUCGAAUUAGAAGUUUUUGUCGCCCAUAUAUCGGUAAUAUUAAGGGGCAUUUGUAAUCUAGAGUAAUAUUAUACAUAUCUGUUUUGAGUACACAAAUGAAUAUACACAUAUGUAUGUCAUUAUGUGAUUGAAUAUUGUUUUAUCUUUAAUUCAAAGUUAUUCAAUCAUAUGAUGACACACAUCGAAUAUGUACACAAAGUGGAUAUGUAUAAUUUUAUUGUUGUAAUCUAUUAUGCAAAUGUAGUAAUGUUCAUUCCAUUUCAAUUCUUCAA